UAACCAAAUCCUGACGCUUAGCCCUCCCCUCAUUGUUUUACUGAAUAAGAGGAGGAUACAACACUACAUGUAAUAUUUGCUCACGGCAAACUGAAAGCGAAGAGCACAGACUCUAUUUGAGCUGUUUUGUUGUUGAACGAGACAUUAAAAGCGACUAAUGUAGGGCGGAUGGUAUAACGUAAAAGUACUAGCAGCUUGCUAGCGCUUCAUAUAUGUGUUUGUAUGUGUGUUUGUGUGUGUGUGCAUGUGUGUGUGAACCCGGGACGCGCAGAGGCUUUUUUUUUUUACUCAAUAACACUCUACGAAAGAAAAGUGCGAGAGAUUUUGCUCGGCUAAGCAAAUAUCGGCAGCCGCUGGCUUGGAUUUUGGCUCGUUUUAUGAGCAAGAAGAGAAAAGAAGAGCAGUAAACUUGACUCAGAUUACAAGAACAUUUUUUAAAAAAUGAAUGACGGACAUCGCUGCAGUGUCGCCACAUUCAUAUAGGUCUGAUUGAGCGGAGCCGUGAGCUACUCAGUGCAUCGACUCUCGGACGGAAUGAUCCAGCAGGGCGACUAAGAGGAGGAAGAAGGGGGGAGAGGAUGGGUGUGAAUGCCUCCAGCUACCCUCACUCGUGCUCCCCUCGAUUCGGGGGUAACCCACAGACCCAGCAGACCUUCAUAGGCGCCUCCUAUGCACCACAGGGUUAUGGCGGCGAGUCCAAGCUCUACAGCCUAGAACAUGGCCCUGAAAAACCUCAGGACAAGAAGAAAAAGAGCUCUGGUUUGGCCACUCUCAAGAGGAGAUUCAUUAAGCGACGCAAAUCCAGUCGGUCUGCCGAUCAUGCACGACAGAUGCGCGAGCUCCUCUCGGGUUGGGAUGUGCGUGACGUCAAUGCCCUGGUGGAAGAGUAUGAGGGCACGGCAGCACUCAAAGAGCUUAGUCUGCAGGCAGGCCUGGCCCGGCCUGAGGCUCGCACCCUGCAGCGUGAUUUAGCCACCCUUUAUCAGCACAAGUACUGCACUGAUGUGGACCUGAUCUUCCAGGAUUCCUGCUUCCCAGCACACCGUGCCGUUCUGGCUGCCCGCUGCCCGUUCUUCAAGACCCUGCUUUCGUCAUCGCCGGGUUACGGGGCCGAGGUGUUGUUAGAUGUUGGGACGGCAGGCAUGGAUGCGCCCAUGUUUUCCUCGUUGCUGCAUUACCUCUAUACGGGUGAGCUGGGCUCGGAGGACGCAAGGUUGCAGAAUGUGGAUGUGCUGGUCAGACUGAGCGAGGAGUUUGGUACGCCCAACUCUUUAGAAGCAGACAUGCGAAACCUCUGUGAGCAUAUGCCGUAUUUUGACUCGCUGCUGAGCUUCUCCUCAGACUCUGAGCUGGUGGAGGCUUUCGGGGCAGGUGUACCUGCACCUAGUGGUGCAGGAGUUGGAAACGUAGGGCUGAACCACAGCUCACCUGAUGAGGAGCUAAGGGCCCACAAGGCUGUGCUCUCGGCGCGUUCGCCCUUCUUCCGCAACCUGCUCCAACGACGCAUCCGCUCGGGUGAAGAGAUCACGGAGCGAACUCUGCAAACCCCUACCCGUAUAAUCCUCGACGAAUCCAUCAUUCCCAAGAAAUACGCCCGUGUGGUCUUGCACUGCAUGUACACAGAUGUGGUGGACCUUUCACUGGUGCUGCGUGGGAGCCCUUCUGAGGGCAGUCUGGGUGAAGUUCAGGCACUGGUGGCUGGAAGAGGGUGCAUGAGUCGAGCUGAGGAGGCCAUGGAGCUCUACCACAUCGCCCUCUUUUUGGAGUUCAGCAUGCUGGCUCAGGGCUGUGAAGACAUUGUGGCAGACAGCAUCUCUCUGGACUCUGUGGUGGCCAUCCUGAAGUGGAGCUCGCAGCCAUACGGCUCCAAAUGGGUUCAUCGGCAGGCCAUGCACUUCCUGUGCGAGGAGUUCAGCCAGGUCAUGACCUCCGACGUCCUCUACGAGCUUAGCAAGGAGCACCUGCUGGCGGCCAUUCAGUCCGAUUACCUGCAGGCCAGUGAACAGGACAUCCUCAAGUAUGUUGUAAAGUGGGGCGAACACCAGCUCAUCAAGAGGAUGGCCGAUAGAGAGCCUAACCUGUUAAGUGGUACUGCACAUAGUGUGAAUAAACGUGGCGUGAAAAGAAGGGAUCUGGACCUGGAAGAGCUUAAAGAGAUUCUCUCUCCACUGCUGCCUUUCGUCAGAACUGAGCACAUAUUACCAACCAACAGUGAGGUCCUCUCUGACACUAUGAAGAGGGGUCUGAUCAGCACCCCUCCCUCUGACAUGCUGCCCACAGCGGAGGGAGGCAAAGCCAACGCCUGGCUCCGGCAGAAGAGUGCUGGCAUUUAUGUCCGCCCACGGUUAUUCUCUCCUUAUGUGGAGGAGGCCAAGGCGGUUUUGGAGGAGAUGAUGGUUGAGCAGACUGACCUGGUUAGGCUUCGCAUGGUUCGUAUGUCCAAUGUACCUGACACACUGUACAUGGUAAACAAUGCCGUCCCCCAGUGUUGUCACAUGAUCAACCACCAGCAAAUGGCUGGCAGCCAGACAGCUCCACCGUCUGUGGUUGCUAAUGAAAUACCAGUGCCCAGGUUGGCAGUAGUGAAGGAAAUGAUCCGUAGGCUGCAGGAGCUGCGUCACACAGACCAGGUGCAGAGAGCGUAUGCUCUGAAUUGUGGUGAGGGUGCCACAGUCAGCUACGAGCUGCAGAUCCGUGUGCUCAGAGAGUUUGGCCUACCUGAUGGGGCUGCAGAACUCCUACAGAAUCCGCACAAAUUCUUUCCCGAGGAGCGUUUUGGAGACGAGAGUCCCGUCCUGGCCUUGCGCCAGUCAGGUCGCUGCCGGGUCAACAGUACACCAGCUGUGGAGAGCAUGUUCACUGACCUGGAGGCUCUGGUGGGCUUCCACCCCCCCCUGCCACCUCCUCCUCCACCCUAUCAUCCCCCGACCACCCCGGGCCAUAGCCAGCUGCAGUAUAAAACAGGCUGGAGGCCUCGGGUCCCCACCCAACCACCCUCCAGAUCUUUCUCCUACCCCUGCAAUCAUGCACUCCUUCACAGGCAGCCUUCUUCCAAGAUGGGCAGCCCAGUCUACCCGCCAGGAGCCAAGCCCCUGCCCCCAGACUGCACUACUGCACAGGGGGGGAGAAAUCUUCAUCCUGACAAGCAAAUGAACAUGGAGCCUGUUAUCAACGAGUUCAUGCCAGACAUCGCCAUGGGUGUUUCAGCAAUGAGCCUGAAGGAGCGGCGCCUUCCAGAGGUCUCCAUGGAGGUGGAGAGUCACGAAGCCCACCCUCACCUUUCUACAGCUCCUCCCAUGUCCCACAGCUACUCCAGUCGUCACCCACACUCCUCCCGCAAGCGGCACGCAGCCGAACCCAAGCCCGAGGGCCCGCAGCCUGACUUUCCAGAUCUCUACGAGUUCCCAGGCCGUCACGUGCCUCCCUACAGUGGACCAGACCUCUAUAUCCACGGCCGUCAGGCAGGUGGAGCGCCUCCUCCGUCCUACUCCGAGGCUUCAGAAUCGCUCCGCCUGGAUGUGCUGGAACAGCCUCCGCAGAGACUAGACUUGGCAAUCGUCUCACAAGGGGGCGUUGCACAAGCCAUGCAGAGAUCAUGGCCCAUGAACGAGACGGACCUCACCUGUGGGCUUGGGCCCUCCACAGAACAGUAUGAGGAAUGGCCCACGGGCCGUCGGCCUGCUCCAGAAGGAAUGGGGCUGGGCUUAGGGGCGAACGUUGGGUCUGGGGAUGAGGGAGGUUUGGGUGCCCGAGACCGCAGGUCGCCCAGCAAACCCGAGGGGUACUACAGGAAGUCUGCUCUCUGACCCCUGAUUAAAAAGACUGAGGACUGAUUUAAAUGCUAAGUGUAAGCUAACAGGUGAGGCACCAGCAGUCCUGCACUUUGUGUUCUUUUGAGGGCCGACAGUAUCUUGAAGUGAUGAACGCCCAUAAGCUGCGCGAGUGGCUGCUUUUCUGAAGGAUAAAGGGAGAUGUUGUGUAAACUGCUCUGGAAAGGUUUGAAACCCAGUGAGGAGAGCUUGGUUUGGUUGUGUGCACCCUGAAAAAGAGGUCGAAAAUGCAAAAUAGUUUAAUCUGAGAGAUUCAUGUAGAGGAUAUUAAUGUACAGGUAUCACAGUAUAUUUCUUUUACUUUUAUUUUCCCCGAACAGACUAUGAUGACUGGAAAUGUAUACAUUCAUCUAUAUGCACAGAUUUCGUUUCUUAGGAGUAAAUUGAAAAAAUAUGAAGGCAAAACUCAUUACUUUGUCUAGUCCUUGACAAAGGGCUCCUUCUUCUUUUGAGGGCAGAGUGGCAGUAAUAGCUCAUGUAAUCUGCCGCAUACGCCGGCUUUUACAUUAGCCUGUGCAAUUUAAGAGCCGAGGUGGAACAUAAAAGGGAAAACAAAUGAAAUCCCCUGUCUCCUAUGAGGCAACUUAUCAGGCAUAACAAUGGCACAGAUGCACCAUUAAAUGUGAAUGGGGCUUUGUUUUAGCGUUUCACAACUCAGAUCUGCAGAUUCAUUUCAGCAUAUUUAACUUUAAAAAACUAUCUGUUCUCGCAAACAAAAAUUUGGCAUCCUCUUUUGCAUUCAGAUUCUCAUUCCAAGACUGCAGUUGGUGGCAUUCCUGAGAGACGGGAAAUAUGGGUUGAUCAUUAUCAGCCACGUUCUCCAGAACUCCACAGGACGCUCAACCAAACCAACCUCACGCCACAUCCUCAGUCCUCUACUUCAGUAGGACGGCAGCAGUCCUUGGGCAGGAGUUCAUUAGCUUUUCUGUGCUAGUUCUGUCAGCAGAUGACCAACAAUUAUGAUGUCAUGAACAGGCUUUGCAAAAAAAAAAAAAAAAAAAAAAAAAAAAAGAAUUCUUGAAAGUGUCAUGGAUUUAGACACAAGCAUUUACUUUUGAAUUGUUACACAACACUUUAAGAAACAGUAUCAUACACACUGCUGCACACCCUACCUAUAGAUGAAGUGACUUAUUUUAAGCUUGUUUUUUUUAGCAUCCGAAAUACCUGUAUUCUUAAAUAACUGCAAUUAUGCAGCUUGCUCAUUUUAAAUAUUAAUUUCGCUUUUUUCUCCUCACAAUAAGAACCUUUGUCAGACAAUACUGACACAGCAAAUAUGCAGGCUAGUUCACUCAGAAAUGCAAAUUGUGUCCUCAUUUACUCAACGUCACGUUGUUUACUCUCUCUGUGGAACACAGACCGAGAUAUUUUGAACUGUUUUUGUUCAUACAAUCAAAGUCUGUGAGGUCUGACAACAUCAACAUUUGACUUUCACUGUAUGGACCAAAAAAAUGAGAAAACAAAGACACAUUAUUCAAAACAUAGUUUUGAAUAAUGUGACUUUGUGUUCUGUUUGUGUUCUUCAGAAAGAAAAUAUCGUUCAAAUUUGAACCAACAACAGGGAUAGUAAAUGAUGAUUGAAUUUGCAUUUUAUGUGAACUAUCCCUUUAAGAUAAUCAACAGUAGCCUUUCUCCACAAGCGAUGAUGGUACUGUAUUCUUCUCACAUGCUCUCAAAUAUUAUAUAAGAAUCUCAUGUUGUAUUAGAUCGGAUGGGACCUCUGUUGAAUAUCCAAACGAUUCUCAGCUGUAUCCAUCCCACAUUCUUCACUUUAAGUGCUUCUUUCUUUGGAGCACAAGAAGCGUUUUAUUGGUUGAAAGCACAACGAUGUGAGAAAUACUAAGAAUGUCAUUUCGUUAGAUAAAAGUGCUCAGACAGUUGAUACGCUGGUAAAAGGCUUGAGUUUCAGUUGGAUGGUCGAUCAGAUUUUAUGUAUUCCAUUUUUUUUUUUUUUUUUUUUUUUGACUCUUAAAAACCCACAGUUAGACCAAAGAUGAGUUUUGGAGGAUGUUUGUGUUGCUCGGUGAAUCUUGGAAGCGUUUUAUCUUAUCUAACAGGUUUCUUUGCCUCCUGGCAAGUUAAACUGAAACCAUUAGGUUGAGAUUCAUGUUUGUUACUCAAGACUCUUUGGUGACUGUGACCAUCGAAGGAACAUUUAUCAUCGAUUGAUUUCAUCGAUCUCUCCCCAGGCACUUUGACUUACAGAGAUGGCCUUACGAGUUGAUGUAGGGUUAGUACUGCUGUAUCUGUAGUUACGGCCUUAAGACCUUACCUCGGGUUACGCAGUUUUCCAUCUCAAAUCGCAGAAGGUCUUCUGUGGCAGAGACUCUCUACCUCUGACCAACUUCUCUUAACAUAUUUCAGUCGAUUCAAUUUUCCUUCUUUUAUAUUCUUUUGAAGUUAUUCAGACCUCUUCACCCUCGCCUUGAACAUUUAUCAUUGGGGGACCAGAAACAACAGCAGGAAAUUAGAUUUUCACCACUCUCUCACAUAUAUUUGUGAGGUUCCUCUUCUACUUUUAUUUACACAUUAUUCAAACUUACCAGCGCCAUAUUUGAGGACAGCGCCGUCUUGCAUGAUAAUUAACUAGUUCUUCUAUAUCUGCCCUUGGUUGUUCUUCAGAAUUGUUAGCUGCCUGAUGCAGUUACAGUAGUGCAUCGCACAUGUCCUCCUGGACUCCUACUACAGCCCACCUCUGAGUCAAGCCUGAAAGAGUCAUGAACCCUGAGUGGGAGAGCUCCAGUUUGCCAUCUCGCGAAGCUUCAGAAGGGUCAGAUCCAAAAAUAGAUCCAACAUAGACCCUAGCUGGGGUGUAAGUGAUCUCCUCAGAGAGUUGAAGUCAUCUGAAUCAAACUGAGAUAGGUAGGAGGCUGUUUGUCUCCUCUGAAUGUCAAGGACGUAGCUCUGCGGUUGUCUUUACAUCAGGCUUAUCAGAUACAUGAAGAUCUUCAGUCCCUGGUGCAAAUGGUUCAGCUUUUCCAUUGGCGUAUAACUUGAUAAUACAUCAUGAGAGUAUCUGUGGUUCUUUCAAAAUGCAAUGCAUCGCAGCCUACUUAAGCCUACCUUCCCUGACCUCAUUCCGCAGCAGAAAGAGGACGAGUGAAGCAAUUUAAAAAGAUAUUUUGUUUCACAGAGCAGGUGUUUCACUCGUAAACGUCUUUUUACCUUGUAGAUCCUUCAGGUUUCACGUCAGCAUGACAACAACGUAUCAAUGCACCUGUCACACGACUUGUUUCACCACCAGCUCACACGUUCUUCUUUUGAUGUGUCUGAAGCGCUCCUCUAAAGCGCAGUCAAUUUUAAAUUCUCAGUGUUGCGACUUUGUAACUCCAUCCUUCUGUACCAAUGUCAUUUUGAAUUGGGUCAUCUGUCGAGCGAAGCGUUUUUUUGUGUUUUGUUUUGUCUUUGCGUAACAGUUGCACGUUACUUCUGAUUUUCCUGUUACCUGUAACUCUAAUCCUUGAGUAAUUGGCAUCAGCACUUCCCUUUCGAGGCAGCCGAGAGGAGAUCUGAGGUCUGUCAUGUCAUUUCUAGCGAAUCGCACUGGCUGCGUAACCAUGACCCAAAAUCGACAGAUGGAUAUUUAGGCCUACUGCUGCUACUCAGAGGUUUUCCUGCCAGUGGAGAACAUUAUUUCUUGACGUCAAUGCUGAUCCCAGCGAUCUAGUCCCAUGUAGACCCAGCCAUGCCUUAAACUUAAGGGGGAGGUUAGGAAAACUCCUUAGAUCGCCUUCGCCUCUGCUAUACUCAGGCCAUUUUGAACUGCUAAGAAGUCAUUUAUUUUAUGUUAUAAAACACAGAUCGGAUCAUUCUGAUUGCUGAAAAAGUCAAUGCACAGUUUGAAGGUAUUAUUUUGUAUUUGAGAUGCACACUGACCUCAUAGUUAAUACAUUUCUAUCACAAAUGCCAUUUGUGGUCAUUUGGGUUUUGUGGGUUGCUUGCCUGAGAGACUGUUAGGAAAUGAAUUGGAAAUGCAUUUGAGCUCCCUGGUGGGGAGCUUGAAUCGUCAUUUAGUCUUGUCUGCACGUAGUUUGAUGUUAAUUUUUCAUUGCUUAAGAAUAAUGGGUUCGUUUUGGGUGGGAAUGAGUUUGGCUACUAUACUGAAACCGAGGAGUCAAAGCUAGAACAGAUGAAGGUACCCAUUGCACUAAAUUUUUGAUGGUGAUAUGUGUAACGUUUGUUGUGGAAUAGCGCCCUCUGUUGGCUCUAUUGCUUUAUUUUGACUGAAACGUCUGUUUAUUCAGAUUCACAGCUGAGUCAUUUGUCUUAAGCAUUCAUUCCUAACCCUUUUAGUAUAUUUGCAUGGCAUUGCGUUAUUUAUCUCCAAAGUGCCGCGAGGCAGAACUGAACUGAAGGUUUGUGUUUUGGAUGUGUGAGGGGCAAGGGAAGUUGUUUGCAGACUUAAGUCGAGAUCUCCAGGUUCUCUCUUGUGCUAUCUCUCUUACGGAGACGAUUUAGUGCCUUCCCUGCCUGAGGCUGGGCUUCCUCCACACCCCUUUUGUCUUAUGCAAGCCCUUUCUACAAACCUCUGUUAAACCGUCUCUUUGUAAUACUGUAGCCAACGCUUAGUGUGCAUAAUGUUUAAUUUCUUUUUUUUUUUCCCUUCAAAAGAUAUUUUUCAAGAUUUUUGGUACCUUUGAUCACAGGCCUCAGAAAUAUGGUGUUUUGUUGUAUGUAAAAUGUAAAGUUUUUUUUAUAAAUAUAUAUAAAACAUGCAAAUAUCUAUUUGAGACUGUGUGCGUGUGCAUAUAUUUGUAUAUAUACACGCACACAUACAAAAAAAAAAAAAAAAAAAAAAAUCUUUUGUGGAGUUGUGGAAAGUGUCUAUUUUUCUAUUCUUUGGCCGGUGUAGUUAUGAACUUUACUCUGCAAUUAGGUGACUAAUGUCUUGGAAAUAAAUAGUUUUGAGUUAUAA